AGUUUUUUUGCAAAAUUUUGUUUUUGUAAAAUUAUGAUUGUGCCCUGUGGGCUGAUUUUUUUCAUGUUAUUUAGCUUGCGGUGACCGCAAGCUUUAAGGGGCGUGUAUGUGAGCGGCUGGAGUGUGUUUAUCUGUUAUUAUAAUUAUUUGUAACUAAGAAGGCGAAUGUCGCUUUUUAUGUUCCUUUGAGGAUUGUUGUGGUUUUUAGUUAAGUAGUCCGCUAUUAUGGCGCUGAUAUGAUUUCGAUUUUACAAUGGUUUGUAGCCUGGUUAUUGUGUCUUGUUUAUAUUUUAAUGUUAUUAUUUAUGCAAACUUUGUUUUGAAUUGUUGCUCCACUUUGCUUUAUGUCCUGAAUGUAAGUUAUUGUUGUAUUAGGGACUAUUUUCUUGUGCGUAGCUUUGGUUUCUUUGUUCGUAGUAUUGGGUUCUUUGUUCGUGAAUGUGGGGUGUCGACAGGGAGGGACGUUCUGCUGGAAUGUCGAGGCCUGUGUGUUAAAGAGUUUCUGUGACACCUUUAUAUGGUGUAUGAUGAACAUGACAGAAACACCAAUUGGUAGUGGACGAGAAAACAGAGCACAAAGGGUUCACAUUCACACCCCCUACUCUGGCAGGUUUCACACGCCUGGCAGAAGACAGAUCUACACCCAGACUCCCAGAUCUAGGAGGCUGGUAGCCAGCACCAGAGUCCCUGAAGAUGAUACAACACAAGUUGGAUUUCAAGCACUUUUAAAAAAAACCUGGAAGCUAUACAGCCUGUCCCCACUGUACAAGUUCCAACAUAAGGAUGCCAUGCUCAAGAAAUAUGGGCGCUCACUGGAGACAGCAUUUGUACAGGAACAAAGCAGAAGAGGCGAUGAAGGGAGAGAAAAAUGUUAUUUUUCCAUCUACAAAGGUCUCAAGUUUCAGAACAACGAACCAGAAGCCAUCCACAUUCAGGUCUUUGAGACAAAUAACAAAGGUCGGACUGUCCUUAAUGCUCUACUGAUCUGUGCUGAUGUGGACAACAAACCUGCAGACAUGCCUGCAAGCUUCACCUACUUUCCUGUCAUCAUGGUGUCAGGAAACUCAGUCAGAUCUACAGUUCUACUCCACUGGCUACAGAGUCACUUUGAUUGCCAGUCCAGUCCUCUCAUGUUCUCAGCCAAUGAUCUUAGGUGGAUGCUGGCAUGUUGGUCAGCGCAAGCAGUUUCUGCUAAAGCGCAUCCUGUGCUGCUGCAGUACUCAGUACCCCAGUCUUGUGAGGACAUCAGCACUAUCAGCUGUAGAUUUGAUGCUGGCUUUUGCAAGGAAUUAUGGGAAAGAAUGCAUGGUCUGCCUGUUGAGAGAGAAGCCAUGAAUGAGCAGGAGGUGAACAGAUUUGUUGAAUCUCUGGAGGCACACUUAGAGUACACCAUGCACAUCGUCUUCAGUAAACUGAGAUUGUCAGAAGUGGGCACUUCAUUGGCCUACAUUUCAAGUCAAGGCAAAAUCAAACUGUUUUCAUCAGAUGGUCUAAUCAUGGUGUUGCAUCUGAUCUGUGACAUUGCUAAUGAGAAGUUUCAAGAGGUCCUAGGAACUCAGACAAAUAAUUCUUGAACAACUUGUUGGUGUGGCUAACUUGACUGUUGGAACAGCUUGUUGGUGUGGCUAACUUGACUGUUGGAACAGCUUGUUGGUGUGGCUAACUUGACUGUUGGAACAGCUUGUUGGUGUGGCUAACUUGACUGUUGGAACAGCUUAUUGGUGUGGCUAACUUGACUGUUGGAACAGCUUGUUGGUGUGGCUAACUUGAUUGUUGGAACAGCUUGUUGGUGUGGCUAACUUGACUGUUGGAACAGCUUGUUGGUGUGGCUAACUUGACUGUUGGAACAGCUUGUUGGUGUGGCUAACUUGAUUGUUGGAACAACUUGUUGGUGUGGCUAACUUGACUGUUGGAACAGCUUGUUGGUGUGGCUAACUUGAUUGUUGGAACAGCUUGUUGGUGUGGCUAACUUGACUGUUGGAACAACUUGUUGGUGUGGCUAACUUGAUUGUUGGAACAGCUUUUUGGUGUGGCUAACUUGACUGUUGGAACAGCUUGUUGGUGUGGCUAACUUGAUUGUUGGAACAGCUUGUUGGUGUGGCUAACUUGACUGUUGGAACAACUUGUUGGUGUGGCUAACUUGACUGUUGGAACAGCUUGUUGGUGUGGCUAACUUGACUGUUGGAACAGCUUGUUGGUGUGGCUAACUUGACUGUUGGAACAGCUUGUUGGUGUGGCUAACUUGACUGUUGGAACAGCUUGUUGGUGUGGCUAACUUGAUUGUGGAAUAAUUAAUUAGGGUCGUCUUAUAAAGACUUUAAUUUGAAGCUCAUAUCAAUUUUACGGCUGGUUAGUUUUGAGCUGAUAUUAUUUUAAAUGUAUUUUAUGUAGUAUACUGUGUUAUUACUCUGUAUUUUGAUGGAUAUAUGUUUUAAUAUUUACUGACUUUAAAAAUAAAAAACAAUUUUUAUGAAAUGGCAGUAGUUUUCUAUAUUUACCAUGUUGCCCUGGUUUAUAACUAGGGGAGCUGUGGUCUGACUGCCAUUUGCUCAUUGGAUCUAUUCUCAAAUGGACAUUUACUCAAGGCAACCAAUAUUAUCCAAAACAUGAAAAUACUUUAUGAACUUGAAAUAUGUUCAUAUCUUAAGAUUCAGCGUUUAAAAAAAAAAUAAUAAAGAAAUUGCUGUGUAUUUUGAUUUCAAAAUAUCUGUUUCUUUAAUGAGUAUUUUAAUACAUGAAGGGCGUAAUCUCAUAAGAAUAUAAAAUAAAACAAUACAAAAUAUUGAAGGAUGUCAUGAACACAACAAAGUAGCAACAACAUGUAGAUCUAGCUAGUUUGUACAGCAACUACAGUCAACCUUACCAUAGGUCAGGGGUUCCCAACCCUGUGCCCGCGGGCGCCAUGUCGCCCGCUGAACUAUUGGUAUGUGUCCGCCUCUCACUAUUCGACAGAGACAGAAUUUUUUUCAUAAACAUUUUAAAAUAUGAUUUAUUUUUAUUCAUUUGUUACAGUUUUAAUUUUUUUUUGACUGCCUAGGUUUAUUAAAUAUGUUCGAUACUUUUCCCAACUUUUCUAACGGCGAGCCAGACUGCACCGAAGGCGCCAAAUCACAAGGCACAUAACUCUGAUUGCUUCGGCGAUCAUCGGCUCAUUUCGGGUGAUGUGCAAAAAGCAUUCCCCGCCUGGAACCGCGUUGUUGUCACUGUGAUUGCUGCCCUGUUCGGGUCGCGACAGUUAGAUAAGAGACAUGUUCGUCAGAC